ACAGGUCACUCAAAAAGUCUCUCCAGUAACGUGCAAUUGAUAAUUGUGGAAGUUGUUGAUUUGUCUAGAGCUCUACAAUAUAGUGGAAUCGGAAACCAAAAUUUACAAAUAAUAACGAAUCGUCUGAAUGUUAUCAAACAAGACGUGCGAAUUUUAAUCAACACGAAUAAAAUUAGAUUUUCUACCAAUGCCGACCCUCGUGGAUCAAUACAAACCGUUAUCGGCUGCGAUUGGCAGCCCUAAGCUGAAGACGGUCCCAAAAGCAAUCUACGAUCACCUGCGAGGAUUCCCUGUCAUCAAUGGCGAGGUCACGCAACUAUCAGCCAAAGUUCGUGAAUUCGUCGAACAGUCAGCCAAGCUGUGCCAGCCCGAGAAAAUUCACAUCGUUGAUGGAAGCGAACAGGAAAGCAACUCACUGCUGACGAUGCUUCAAAGCCAAGGAACCAUCCAAGCAUUGCCAAAAUACGACAACUGCUGGCUUGCUCGAACCAACCCGGCGGAUGUGGCCCGAGUCGAGUCCAAAACGUUCAUCUGCACCGAAAAGCGUGAACAAACCAUUCCCACCCCAAAGGAAGGCGUCAGUGGCGCACUGGGUAAUUGGAUUGCACCCGACGCCUACGAGCAGGCCAUUCAGGCUCGUUUCCCUGGAUGUAUGAACGGUCGUACCAUGUACGUGGUUCCGUUCUCAAUGGGACCGAUUGGUUCUCCAUUAUCCAAGAUCGGAAUCGAAAUUACCGACUCGGCCUACGUAGUCAACUCGAUGCGUAUCAUGACCCGUAUGGGGGACGAAGUGCUGGAAAAACUUUCUGAUAAUUCGGACUUUGUGAAAUGUCUUCAUUCGGUCGGUACACCUGCUAACGGCAAAAUCUCCAUGCCAUCGUGGCCCUGCGAUCCAGAGCGCACCAUCAUCUUGCACAAGCCGGCUACCAAUGAAAUCGUGUCGUACGGAUCCGGUUAUGGCGGUAACUCACUGCUAGGCAAAAAAUGUCUCGCACUUCGCAUCGGCAGCACUAUCGCCCAGCACGAAGGUUGGCUCGCAGAACAUAUGCUCAUUCUUGGAAUCACCAACCCGAAUGGUGAUAAGAAGUACAUUGCAGCCGCUUUUCCAUCCGCUUGCGGUAAGACAAAUCUGGCUAUGAUGAACCCGACGCUGCCCGGUUAUAAAGUGGAAUGUGUCGGUGACGACAUUGCCUGGAUGAAGUUCGAUUCCAAAGGUCAGCUGAGAGCUAUCAAUCCGGAGAAUGGAUUUUUUGGCGUCGCCCCGGGUACUUCAUCUGCCACGAAUCCGAACGCUAUGAACACAAUCUACAAGAACACACUGUUUACGAAUGUGGCAUCCACUUCGGAUGGUGGAGUUUUUUGGGAAGGUAUGGAAAAUGAGCUUGCUCCCGGAGUUCACAUUACCGACUGGUUGGGUCAACCGUGGAGGCUGGGACAGUCGAAAACUCCAGCUGCUCAUCCGAACUCUCGGUUCUGUGCACCCGCCAACCAAUGUCCGAUCAUAGAUCCAGCAUGGGAAGAUAACGAAGGUGUCCCAAUUUCUGCCAUUCUCUUUGGAGGUCGCCGCCCCGAAGGUGUCCCUCUAGUGUAUGAAGCAAACUCCUGGUCUCACGGAGUUUUCAUCGGAUCGGCGAUGCGUAGUGAAUCAACGGCUGCCGCUGAACACAAGGGCAAAACGAUCAUGAACGAUCCGUUCGCUAUGCGACCAUUCUUCGGUUAUAAUUUCGGGGAUUACAUGAAACACUGGCUAAGUAUGGAACAGCGUGCGGCCACAGCGGGUGGUUCCGUACCGAAGAUAUUCCAUGUCAACUGGUUCCGUAAGAACGAACAGGGAAAGUUCCUUUGGCCGGGUUUCGGAGAAAACAGCCGAGUGCUGGAUUGGAUCCUUCGACGUGUGGACGGUGAGGAAUGUUAUCAACAAACACCGAUCGGACGGGUUCCAACUCCAGGAGCGAUUAACAUGGAUGGUUUAGCUCAACGAGUUGACGAGAAGCAGUUGUUCUCGGUUUCGAAGAAAUUCUGGUUAAAGGAAGUCGAGGAAAUUAAACAGUACUACGAUGCACAGCUACCGCUCGACCUACCCCAGCAGAUCGGAAAAGAACUGCAGGAACUGAGGAGUCGAGUAGAAGAAAUGUAAUGACUGACUUAUAGACUUCUAUAAAAAAAAACUACUGUAAAUAAACCUAUGUAGAUAGUUAGAUUUACCAAUUCUAGGAUUAAAAAACUACUCAAUGUAAUGUAUUAUAAGUUUAAACAAGAAUCCCGUGAAAAAUACAGUUAAUAAUACAGUUUAAUGAUUUUAACGAAA